AUGAACUCUAUCACUAGAAGCACUAACACUCCAUCAAAUGAUACAAACAAGAAAACGACACCUCCACCACCUACUUCUGCAGAGAAAGGAAAACCGCACACAGCUGUAACCCGCUCGGAGAAUUCAGCAACCUCAUCGCCACUACAGCUUCACGAUGGACUCCUCCCUCCCAAAGCUCAAACCUUGAGUCAAUCGUCACCGGUGCAGCACUCAUCUUCACCCACACCCUCGAUCAUCCAGAAUAAGAGAAUGCCCUCGUUUCGUACGGCAAUUAAUGAUGCUACCGAUACACCUCCAAAAAUAUUGACCAAUAACAGCCUGUCCAGAACCAACCUUCCUUCGAGCAUACAAUCCCCACCUCAGCUGAUACAUUCGGAAAUAGGAUCAUCAUCUUCUCCGCCACCAUUAACCACCACUGCCAACAGCGCUACUACUGCAUCUGCAUCUAAUCGCCCAAAUAUACCAUUGAGGCAUCCUAGUGUUUCAUUCAGCGAAGUUGAUUCUCAAGAAAGGCUUCGUCGAUUUACCAUUUCGUCUCAACCGUCUUCAACAAACAUCCCUACACAAAAUGGUAAUGAAUAUAAAUCCAAUGACCCCAACUUUCCUCACCAGCCAGUUUCUUCACAAACGCCCAUUCAACAACCAUCUUCAAACGUGCCAUCGCGCCAGACAUCGUUGAAUAGGAAAAAAGUUAAUGGCAGCGGUGAGAAUAUAUUAUUUUUUGGCAAUAAUAAUCAGAAAUCAUCCUCUUCCAACUACGGUUCAGCACUAGUAUCCCAUUCUAAUAGUGGCGAUGCUCGUGAUGCUCGUGAUCCACGUGAUCUGUAUGACGGACGUGAUGGCCGUGAUGCGAGAGACUUGGUCUCUAAUGCAGCAAUUGGGUCCACAUUACCACGUGGAAAUGCCAGUUUUGACUUGCACUCUGGAAGAACACUCAAUUCACCAAGCCCACCUCCAUUUGAAAGAAUCCCUAGUGGUGUAUCUGUAUUUUCUCCACAAAGUAGCUCUACUAAUAUCAACUCAACAGUAGUACCAAUCAAUAUCAGUCGUCCUGGUAGUACGAAUUCCUCAAGGAGAGGCUCCCUCAAAAGAGCCGCCAAGACAAUAGUCUCAUCUCCCGUUGGUCCGCCAGUCCCUUUUCAAGAAUAUUUGUCCAAGGAAGAUGAUGGCAAAUUCCAUAUAUUAUUAGCUUGCACGGGUUCUGUCGCCACAAUAAAAGUCCCAUUAAUCAUUGACAAGUUGUUUCAGAUUUUUGGUACCAAAAUUGCAAUCCAGCUUGUUGUUACCAAAGCUGCCAGCCAUUUCCUUCGUGGUUCCAAAAUCAAUGCCGACGUGAAAAUAUGGAGAGAUGAGGAUGAAUGGACAAACUAUAGCGAAACAUACGCCACAACAACAAGUACUACGGCUUCAACGAAUCAAAAUCUUUCUGUUGUUGGGAAAAAACCUAAAAACCCAUACGAAAAAUUGAUUCUCCAUAACGAGUUACGUAAAUGGGCCGAUAUAAUGUUGAUUGCGCCAUUAUCAGCAAACACGCUUGCCAAGAUUUCAAAUGGUAUUGCUGAUAACCUUUUAACUUCGAUUGCGAGGUCAUGGUCGCCCACUACAACGUCACAGCAGGUUAAAAAACCACUUAUUGUAGCGCCUGCAAUGAAUACAUUUAUGUAUACCCAUCCAAUCACGGCUAAGCAAUUGGCGAUUAUUAGUUCACCUGAAUUUGGAAUUGAUGUGUUGAAGCCAGUUGAAAAGAUAUUGGUGUGUGGCGAUAUAGGAAUGGGAGGAAUGAGAGAGUGGACGGAUAUUGUAGAUAUAUUGAGACGAAAAGUACUUGCAAUCAAGGCCGAAAGGAAAAGACUUGAUGAGGCAGAAGAUGAUUUGGUUGAAGAAGACGAGGAAGAGGAUGAUGAUGAUGAGGAGGAGGAGGAGGAUGGGGAAGAUGAUUUAGAAGAUGAAGACGAUGAAGGGGAUGAUGAGGAUGACGAUGACGAUGAUGAAGAUGAUGAUGAAGAUGACGAUGAAGAUGAUGAAGAUGAUGAUGAUCACGAUGAAGAUGUUCACGAUAAAGACAACGGUGGUGAUGGUGGGAAAAAUAAAGUUAAAGAAUUCAAAACAAAGAGUAAAGUUGGUGAAUUCGUGAAUGAAGUAAAAGAGACAUUGAGCCCUAUCCUGGAUACCAAGAGUCUUGACUCUAUCGAGUUCAAGACAGACGACGAAGGCAAUGAGGAAUUGAUCUUUGAAGCAGAUGACAAUGAUAACGAGUUGGGGUUAUCACCUUCUUCAUCACAUCGUCAACAAAGGAUAAAAAUCCCAAAAGAAACACAAAAUAUAAUAUAG